AUGACUUUACCCUUAAUUUUGUAGCAAAGAGUAGUAGAAUCACUAAUAAUUCUCAAUGGCAACUCACUACUGGUCUUAUCUCCUCUAUUGCCUAGUCCUGCUGUCUGGAUCCUUGGUCACCUCUAAUGGUGCUAAACCAAGCCAUUACUCAAUGCCCUUCAACCGGAGCAGUUUUCCGGCCGGUUUCGUAUUUGGUGCCGGUAUUGCCGCUCACCAGUCUGAAGGAGCUGCAAAUAUAGAUGGAAGGGGGCAAAGUAUUUGGGAUACCUUCACCAAGAACCACCCAGAGAAAAUAUGGGAUCAUAGCACAGCCAAUAUAGCUGAUGACUUCUAUCACCAUUACAAGGAAGACAUACAAUUGAUGAAAAAAAUUGGGCUUGAUUCCUUCAGAUUUUCAAUCUCCUGGUCAAGAGUAUUGCCUAAGGGAAAAAUCAGUGGGGGAGUGAAUCCAUUGGGUGUCAAAUUCUACAACAAUCUUAUUGAUGAGCUCCUAUCCAAUGGACUAGUGCCCUUUGUGACAAUAUUCCACUGGGAUCUUCCACAAGCACUUGAAGAUGAAUAUGGUGGAUUCUUAAGUUCUAAGAUUGUGAAUGACUUCCAGGAUUACGCGGACUUCUGCUUCAAAACAUUUGGUGAUAGAGUCAAGCACUGGGUAACCCUAAAUGAACCUUAUUCAUACAGCAACAAUGGCUACAACACCGGCACAUUCGCCCCUGGCCGAUGCUCGAAUUACAUUGGAAACUGCACUUCCGGCAACUCGGCCACCGAGCCCUACAUUGUUGCUCAUAAUCUGCUUCUAUCUCAUGGCAUUGCUGUCAAAUUGUACAAACAAAAAUACCAGGCUUAUCAAAAGGGACAAAUUGGGAUCACAAUUGUAACAAAUUGGUUUGUACCCCAAAAUGAGAAAUCAGCUGCUGACCAUAGAGCUGCCUACAGAGUUCUUGAUUUUCUCUUUGGAUGGUUUGCUGAUCCGGUCAUUCACGGGGAUUAUCCGAAGGUUAUGAGAGAAAUAGUAGCAGAGAGAUUGCCUAAAUUCACCAAGUCUGAAUCUGAAAUGCUUAAAGGGUCAUUGGAUUUUCUUGGAGUGAAUUAUUAUACAACAAAUUAUGCAGCACAUACUUUAACCUACCCUCGUGUUAACCUAAGUUACUCCACUGAUAAUCAUGCUGCUCUUUCAACUUAUAGAAAUGGAAAACCCAUCGGUACACCGACACCAUUGAAUUGGCUUUUCAUCUACCCAAAGGGGAUCAGAGCUCUGAUGCUUUAUAUAAAGAACAAGUACAACAAUCCACCAGUCUAUGUUACUGAGAAUGGAUAUGCUGACUCAGUGAAUACAUCAAAGCCAAUUAAAGAAAUUGUUAAGGAUGGUAUGAGAAUAAAAUACUAUCACAGGCAUCUCUACUCUCUCUUACAAUCCAUCAAGGAAGGAGCAAAUGUGAAGGGAUACUAUGCUUGGUCAUUGUUUGAUGACUUUGAAUGGGAUGCUGGUUACACAGUUGGGUUUGGGAUGAUAUAUGUGGAUUUCAAGAAUAAGUUGACAAGAUACAUGAAAUACUCUGCUUAUUGGUUUAAAAUGUUCCUACUCCACUGAAUAUUUAUGUAUCUUUGUCUAAAUAUGAGAAUUCUCUAAGAAAGAUAUAUAUUCUUUUUUAGAGAAUUUGUAUGACGUCAUUUUAAGAGAAUAAAUUGGUAAGUUUGUAUGGUAUCAUUUAUCCGAGAGAAUUGGCAAGUUCAUUGUUGGCUACCGAAAAAA